AUCGACGUACUGCGUCAGGCACGACUGGUGUAUAUAAGCCGAACCGUCGCUGUGACCAGGCAUUCGUGCUAUAAAUUUUCUGCGGUCCGGAAAUCAUCACGUAUAUCUCUGGCAUAUCGUUGGAAUGGCUCGUACCAAGCAAACAGCUCGAAAAUCUACCGGUGGCAAAGCCCCGCGCAAGCAACUUGCAACCAAAGCGGCUAGGAAGAGUGCCCCAGCUACUGGAGGCGUGAAGAAGCCUCAUCGUUAUCGUCCUGGAACCGUCGCUCUUCGUGAAAUUCGGCGUUAUCAGAAGAGUACUGAACUACUGAUUCGUAAAUUACCCUUCCAACGCCUUGUCCGUGAAAUUGCUCAAGACUUCAAGACAGAUUUACGUUUCCAAAGUUCGGCAGUCAUGGCUUUACAGGAAGCUAGCGAAGCCUACUUGGUUGGUCUAUUCGAAGAUACCAAUUUAUGUGCAAUUCACGCCAAACGGGUUACCAUCAUGCCCAAGGACAUUCAACUAGCCCGUCGUAUCCGUGGCGAACGUGCUUGAAUCGCUUUGACUUACAACAGCAAACGGCCCUUUUCAGGGCCACAAAAUGAACUCAUUGCAAAGAAUUUUGUGGUAUUAGCUCGAUCGUGUUUCAUAGUUUCGAUUCCUACAAUACAUGGGUCACCAAAACCAGAUUGUCGCUAGGAAUACCUACCCAGAGCUCCGCCACUGGCAAGCAAGUAGUAACGUCAUUCGAUAGUGAAUAAGUAACCUGUCUGUCCUGUCCUAUGGUAGCUCCAAACAAGUAGUAAAUUGUUGCCGGCUUAUGAAGAGACCUCUGCGGGAAUUGGUAAAGUACCAAAUAAUCAGAUGGACGUUCCUAAGGAAUAAAUUCGGCCCUGCGCUUCUGGCAA